AUGUUCUGCGCUAUCUCCGGAGAGCCGCCCAAGGUGCCUGUCAUCUCGAAGAAGAGCGGCCUCGUCUACGAGCAGCGUCUCAUCCAAAAAUACAUCAACGACAAUGGCAAGGACCCAGUCACGGGCGACACGCUCGAACUAGACGAUCUGAUCGAGAUCAAGUCAAGUCCCAAAGCGGCGGCUCCACGUCCACCACAACACAGCUCGAUUCCAUCUCUGCUCACAUCAUUGCAAAACGAGUACGAUGCCAUCAUCCUCGAAACUUUCACACUUAAGAAGCACUACGACAACUUGCGGCAGGAGCUGGCGCACGCUCUCUACGCCAACGAUGCCAGCGCACGAGUGAUUGCGCGAUUGCUCAACGAGAGGGAUCAGGCGCGUGAGGCCCUGGCCAGCAUUCAAGGCACCAUCGGCGCAGGACCGUCUACCUCGCGAGCGGCGCAAGAUGUCGAGAUGUCCGACUCGACUCAAGCUGAGAACGGUGCGGCGUCUGCUGCUGGUGCAAGCGGUCUUCCAGCCGAUGUUCUCGAUGUCAUCGACUCGACCGCGAAAAGGCUGUCCUCGCAGCGAAAGCCAAAGUCGAAGCGCAAAGCGCCGGAAGGGUACGCUACUCAGGCUACUGUCGCGGACUUUGCAGAGCUGCAAAAGCUGCCAUCGAUGCACCAUGCCAAGCCGGCGGGCGUGUCUUGCCUUGCAUUGUCUGUGGACGGCAACGUGCUCGUCACAGGCGGAAACGACAAGAAUGUGCAAGUAUUUGAUCGCAAGGAGGAACGAGUACUGGCGACGCUCAAAGGACAUACCAAGCGCAUCACACAAGUCGCAGUCAGCGGCAAGUCCGACAACCCGCUCGGAUCAGAAGCUGCGAGCGACGAUGCAGCACUACCCGCGUACAUUGUCUCUGCCAGCGAAGACGGAAAGGUCAAGGUAUGGGAGCCUUCAGGAGCAACCGGAGCCAAGUCGCAAGCCUAUGCGCUCUCCAACACCGCGGACGCACACGCGAGCGAAGUGACUGGCGUCGACAUCCAUCCUUCGGAGACGUUCUACGGAUCUGUGGGCCGCGAUGGCAAGCUUUCGUUCCGUUCGCUCGCUGAUGGGUCGGAGCUUCACACGCUCACUUCUGGCGAAGACGACUCGUUCGAAUCGUUCUCCUUCCAUCCGGACGGCCAAUUGGCCGCGGCGGGCACCCCGACGGGCGCGAUCCGCAUCUGGGAGAUCAAAUCGGGCAACGCUCCGUCCUUGAUCCAAACCGAGCUGCCAGGUCGCGUCUCGUCGCUGCACUUUAGCGAGAACGGCUACUACCUAGCUGCGGCGAGCGAUGCAGGCAAAGCGGUCGAGGUGUGGGAUCUUCGCAAGCUCACCGUCAUCGGCAAGCUCGCGAUCGAAGAGGAAGGCGCGACGGGUGUGUCAGCGGUCAAGUUUGACCCUUCGUUGCAGUUCCUGGCCGUGGCGACGGACAGCGUCAAUGUGUACGCCAACAAGUCGUGGAACCGUCUGAUCAAGGUCGAGGGUGCCGAGAAAUUGACUGGGCUGGAAUGGGAUGCAAGGGACGGCAGCGUGGUGGUGUCGAGCUUGGACCGUACGGUGCGUACGUUUGGUGUUGCUGCCUGA